CGCUUAACGGCCGAAUCCUAAUCGAGCCUAGCCCCGCUGUAAGGUGGGCUUAUUAUCACAUAAACGAAUAGCAGCCACGUAUCGCAUACUGCUGCUGAGGCAGACUUGGUUUAGUGGCGCGUUCUCAUUGGCUCAACGUCCUGAAGUCAAACAGUGAUGAUUGGCACAAGAAUCUGCAGCAAUCAAUGAGACUCUCCAGAGUAGACAUACUCCGAGUCAUCGAGGCCUGUUGGAGACACAAGGGGAGUAUAUUCGGCUCGGAAGCUUUCCCGCACUAGCACCUCCCUCACCUUGCCACGUACACCGCGCCAAACAUCAGCCCCUUUUCUGACAACCACUGCUCUCCUCUCCUUGCCAUCUUCGCUCAUCUCCCAACAAACAUUCUUGCAUUGGCACGUCAAAGAUUCGUUCAUUUUACCAUCAACGCCUCCAAGGUUGUCACGCAACAAUGGCGUGGUCGAAAUCUAAACGAAUUACCAUCAUGCUGGUGAUAGAUACCACUUUCUUCCUGUUGGAGCUUGUUGUUGGAAUGGCUCUAGGCUCGUUGGCUCUUAUGGCAGAUGCCUUCCAUAUGCUCAACGACAUCAUCUCCCUCCUUGUUGGCCUGUGGGCUGUGAAAGCCGCUCGAAAACCACGAUCCGAUAGAUUCUCUUUCGGGUGGCUAAGAGCAGAGAUCCUGGGCGCCUUCUUCAAUGCUGUGUUCCUCAUUGCCCUGUGUUUCUCCAUCAUCCUCGAAGCAAUCACCCGUCUCCUCGAUCCUCCGGAGAUUGGCAACUCCAAACUCAUCCUUAUCGUUGGCUCGGUGGGACUGGCUUCAAAUCUUGCAGGGUUCUUUGUAUUGGGAGGGCAUUCCCAUGCGCAAACAGAGCACGGUCACCCUGUCAACGACGUCCGCACUGUGGAGGAAGGACAGCGCGGUAGUGCUGGCGCCGUUGAGUCAGAGUCCUCAGAUCGGACACGACCGGCUCUACGUGCACAGGUCCAGAACAGUUCCCCAAGCGAAACCGAUGCGCACCCGAAUACACGACGACGAAGCAGCAGACUCGGAGAUAUCGUAGAUGGGAGCAUGUACCCUGGAAGCUUUAGGCAAGGUAUCAUCAGCGCCAGCAAGCCUACUAUAGUUGCAGCUGAGACUACAACUAUGAUCAACGGCUUCGGAGACGAUGUCACGGAAGUACCUUCCGAGACUUCUUCACUUCUGCACAGCAAAAGUUGCAGCGCCACCCGGAAGGACCCUAAAACGCAUAGCCGAACUCGUGGCACCGGAGAGCCUCAGACGAUAUCUCCCCAUACAAUCCAUAAACAGAGCAAGCCUGUGAAGAUGGCCACUAGCGACACCGAUAUGGGCACCAGAGCGAUGAUUUUACACGUCAUCGGCGAUGCUCUCGGCAAUGUUGGCGUGAUUAUAUCGGCACUUAUUAUCUGGCUUACUCCAUGGUCUGGCCGGUUCUACGCCGAUCCUGCCGUGUCCCUAUUCAUCGCAGUCAUCAUCUUGAAGACGACCAUUCCUUUGACGACCGCCAGUGCCAAGAUACUUCUGCAAGGUACACCAGAUCACCUUGAUAUUAACGAUAUCAAGGAUGGCGUUCAAAAGAUUCCAGGCGUUAUCAACUGUCACCAUGUCCACCUAUGGCAGUUGAGCGAGGCCCAACCAGUUGCGUCCCUUCACAUUCAACUUGAUUUCCCUAUUGAGCAAGAUGGGGUUGCUGGGAGAUAUAUGACACUAGCAAAGGCGGUGCGAGAGUGUCUACAUGGAUAUGGAAUACACAGCGCGACUAUUCAGCCUGAGUUUUGCUUGAACGAUGAACAUGACCAUGCAGACCAGGCGCAGGCAUCGACAAGCCUCGACGGUUCUCAGUCAGCGCGCCAAGUAGAGGGAUUAGACAAGGACGAAUGCCUAAUCGGGUGUGUAGAUGACUGCAAGGAAAGUUGCUGUUUUAGCCUUCAUUAAGUUGUCAGAAGAAAUGGGUAGUCACAAGAGAAGAGUGAAAGGAGCCGUUACAGAUAGCCAGAAGAUAGCUGAAGGGUAGCAGAUAGGUCACAAUGAAGACGUUA